CCCCGGCCAUGCUGCGCCAUGGCACCCAGCUGGCGGAGCAGGGCCGCUUCGUCGAGGCCGCUGAGGCUUUCGCCGCGUCCGCAGCGGCAGAAGCGACGCCAGAGGCGUUUGAGGCGCUGGCGCAGUGCGAACUCAUGUCGGACUCCGUGGCCGCCGGCCAUCGCGCGGUGACGGCAGCGAGGCAGGCAGUGCGCUUAUCUCCUGGUGAAACUUUGACGCUGGAGGAUGCCACAUUGACGCUGGCGCGCGCCUUGAGAACCACCUUGGAUAUUCCUGGGGCCAUCGCGGCCUAUCAGCAGCUUCCAGCGGAGCUGCUGAGAACCUCCGUCGCAGCGGAGCUGGCGGAGGCUGAAGCGCAGCUGCCGCGGCAUCGGCGGCGCCUGAAGCGCUGCCCGCAGCGGGCCCAGACCUGGGAAGAACGGCUGUUGCGGGUGAUCAAUGGGGCCAAGAGAAUUCGAAGGCCUCACUGGACUUUGGAGCAGUGGAGCUACCAGCAAUUUGCGGCGUUGGAUCUCUCCAAGAUCUUCCAGUCUGUGCGCGGCAACAUCUCCCGCACCGGCAACGCCUCUCCUUCGACGCCGGCGGUGCUCUGCGGGGCGAUGGCGGACUGGCCAGCCAUGAAGCUGUGGACGUUGCCGGCCUUUGCAGAGGAUUUUGGACACCAGAAGAUCAUUUGCGAUCAUCGCUUUGGCAUCCGGCUUCGGAUGAAUGAUUUCAUCGAUUAUUUGAAGAAGCAGGAAGACGAUUCCCCGCUCUAUUUGUUCGACCAUUGCUUUGGGGAGUACCCUUCCACCAGAGCAUUGCUGAAGCACUACAGUGUGCCACCCGUCUUUGGCCAGGACCUCUUGGAGCUGCUGGGGCCGCUACGACCGCCCUAUCGAUGGCUGCUGAUUGGUCCACGCCGCUCGGGGAGCACCUUACACAAGGAUCCACUUGGAACCAGUGCCUGGAAUGCUUUGAUCUCGGGCCGCAAACUGUGGGUGCUCUUUCCGCCCGGCACGCCUGCGGAGAAGUUAAGGCCGGAGGUGGCAGCCGACUCCGCGGCGGCCUGGUUUCUGCUUUGGUGGCGCCGAAAACGAGAGGAGUGGCCGUUGGAAGCCAUUGAGUUCAUUCAGGAGCCUGGUGAGAUUGUGUUUGUUCCUGCUCGCUGGUGGCAUGCGGUACUGAACUUGGAGGACACCAUUGCGGUGACCCAGAAUUUCUGCAACGAGUGGAAUGCUGCUGCAGUUUGGCGAUGUGCAAAGGCCACGCAUCCCAUCCUGGCCCGUCAGCUGUGCUCCAUCUUCGAUUCUGAAGGGAUCCAGCUGGAUGCACAGCAUCCAGAAGGGGAUGACCCCAGCCAGUCCUACCUGUUCGAUCUGCCAGCGAGUGAACCUCCUGAGCCCGACAAAACCGAAAAUCCACAGGACUCUUCAGACGAUGAGUAUCUCACAUGGCUUUCGGUGAAGCGGCAAAAAUGGACGUGCAUCACACACAUACAAGAGCCUUACAGCGGUCAUUUGGUGAACAAUGGUGUCACAUGGGGCAUCACUGACACCAUCCUGAAAUGGGACGGACUAGGGCCGCCACCCCCGGAGCUUUCCCUGCGGCCACCCGGGCCACCAGAACCCAAACCAGAGGAACAGCAACGAAGAAAGAAAUUUGCUGAACAGGCGGAAGAGCACGGCAAGGAGAAGAUGAGCCUGUACGGCUCAUCUGCGCUGGACAAGGUGAAAUCCAGAGCCGACAUUUUGGCCACCUUGGGCUUCGAUGAUCAGCACAUCUACGGCGUGGAUGGCUUGGAUUUUGAAGCCAAUCCCGUCAUCCCGUUUUGGCUCAGCGGCGGUAGACGGUGUGCAACGGCCCAGCUCACCCGCUCCGAGACGGGCGCCAUGGAUGAGACGGUCUUGGUGACCUUAGCGCGUGUGGCGGAGCGCGCCGAACGCUACGAUGAGAUGGCGGAUUUCAUGAAGCAACGCGUUCAGGUAGGUUCUGCGCUGAAUCCAGAGGAGCGCGACAUGUUCUCCGCCGCCUUCAAGAACUCCUUGACAGAGCGGCGUCACGCCGUGCGUGUGGCGGCCGGCGUGGAACAGAUGGAGCUCUCCGAGGGACGAGAAGCAUAUGCCUCGUUGGCCGGAGGUUAUCGAUCCAAGAUGGAGGCGGAACUUCAGGAGAUUUGCUCCAAUGCCCUGACCCUGCUGUCCACUUUGGUGAGUGCUGCAGAACCUGGAGAAGCUAAGACCUUCUUCUUGAAGAUGCAAGGAGACUAUUACCGUUACCUGGCUGAAUGGACCACAGGACCCGCCAAGAGCGAAGUUGCAGGGCAGGCAAUGGAAGUCUACAAGUCAGGCAUGGGUGAGGCAAUGUCGCUACCCACCGCGCAUCCUGUGCGACUGGGUUUGGCCCUCAACUUCUCAGUCUUCCUGCAUGAGGUGUUGAAGGACACCGAGCAUGCAGUGGCCACGGCCACGGACGCACUGAACGCGGCCAGCGCGGGCAUUGAGGAUAUCCCAGAGGAGUCGCGCAACGUAAAUCAAGGAGAUCGACUGAGGCUGCAUCAGCAGAUUCUCCUUCCAGCCGGCGAUCGUACGCAUGGCAUUGAGGCCUUGAUGAUGAAAGAGGGCGACGCUCACAAGCUAAAACCUGUGGAGAAGAGAUGUCGUGCACUUUGGAACGUGAUGAUUGCACCCUUGCUCAUGCUGGCGCACCUAAAUCGGCUUGAAAACCGUCAGCCCGACCUCUUGAAGUAUUUGCUGCAUUGUCUUCUUGGACAUCGUGGCAUGGUCUUCGGAGUGUUGGCCAGCGUGUCGCCGGCGAAGCGAAACGCCACGCUCCCGGCGUGGGAAGAAGUGGCGAAGGCCUUAGAAAGCGGCUCCCUCUCGGAGCGCUUGGAGAACCUGCGCGUUUUGGGCUUUCGAGGGCCCAAGCCGCGCAAGACUUGCUGGGCUGGAUCUGUGUGGGUGAAAGAUGAAUAUCCACGGAAUCCCGAUUCGGCGCCAUGGAAGGCCUUCGAGUAUGUUGAUCGCGAGGACGCUGAAGUCCUGGGGCAAGGGAAGCCGGGUAUGAAGAACGAAGCCUUUCGUUGGAACCGCCUCUGGUGUUUGGAGAGCAAUCUGCAGGUGGACACCAAGGAGCGUGAGUGGGAGAUGGGCUUCAAGAAGCGUGCGGAACAGUUCAUUUGGGAGGAGUCUCCAGGCUUCAAGUGGGACGGAGGAGCUGGCAAGUUGCCUACGCCCAACAUCCAUGACAAGAUUCAACUCACAAACCGGCUAUUUGUGGAUGAGGCAUUAGCCCAGUGUGUCCCGAUGACCACCCGCCUGAAACUGGUUGGUGAGAAGCUUCUCUGUCCGUUGCUGAUCUUUUCCGCGGAGAGUUUGAAGAAGACCAGCGUUGGCGCCUGGCUGACUGGAAACGACCCAGAGGAAGUGGACGCGGCCGAAAAGCUGGCCGUGCAUCGGGAUAUGCUUCGCUACGUGGCGUCCCAGGUAGCCUGUGGAGGCGCUGAAGAAAAGGUUUGGCAGAAGCCUUUUCUGAAGGUCUGGGAGGAAACGAAAGAGAAGGUCGCCGUGGCGCUUCACGCCCAGCAAAGUGAAGAUCUGGUGUGGUUGACGCAGUCGGCAGAGGAAGUGCGAUGGCAAGCGAAUGAGUCGCAGGGCAUUCGGCGUUCCGCCUUUGAACCCAAGGAUGCUCCGCAGGACCAGGCAGAGCUGUUGCCCGAAGACGAGAUCCGGUGGUUCAAGCGCAGGCCUAUGUGCAGCUGCGGCUCUGUGGUGCCAUCGGCUGUGCCAAGGAAUUUCGCGCCGGCCUUUUGGAUGGCCAGCUACGGCUUGCUCCUCUGGGGUCGAGCAAGGCAGCUGAGACCCAGCCUGGUGCGGGAUCCCGGGAUCCCACGAUCUGACUGGAGGGCUGCGCCGCGCAAUCCCAUUGGGGAGAUCGCACUGCGCAAGCGCCUGAUUCGCGCCAAAUUCCCGGUGGAGGAAGAGGAGGAAGAGUCUGAGGAAGAGGAUGAGGACGACCUCAGCGAUUUGGAGGAUGAAGAUCCAGAGGAAGAGGAGGAGAAGCCCGUGCCGCAGUUCGCGAUCUACGGGCCACAUCUCGUUCCGUUGGCGGAGGCUGUGCUCCGUUUGGAGUGGUCCAAGGGCCCUGCGGGUGCGCCGUCCCAACGUGUGAGUGUGGCUCCUGGUGAAGAGCCACUACCUGCAGGUCCAGUCAACAUGUUGAGGACUGAAAUUGUUUGCAAAAAUGUGGAAUCUCUACUGGCGGCAUACGAAGUGCUGACGGAAGAUGCGGAAGAGGAUGACAUCCCCGCAAAGUCCAAGGAGGUCAUGGACCUGGAAGAGGUCUCGGAAAAUCGGGAGGACGAAGAUGAAGAGGAAGAGGAGGUUGAUCAGACGGCAGAUGUCGAAGAGAUAGAGCCCGACGACGAAGAAGACUUCUUCCUGCCAGAAGAUGAGGCGUCCGCCCCUUCAGAGUUGUCCCUGUUUUCCCGUGCGGAGUUGCAUGUGCAGCGACGCGCACCCCUGGGACUUCCGGCGAAGCUUCGCUUGGUCAAGGUGUUCAAUGGCUUUCACCCGGACAAUGCCAACAAGAUCUUUCCGCAGGCCGCAGGCAUCUUACUCCUCAUGCACGUUUCGGCCCGGAAGAGCCAGACAGCGCGCAAGGGAAAUGGAGAAAAGGAGUCGGAUUGGGCCGAGCCAUUGGUGGAUCCCACGGACCUGGUCCAGCAGCUGGUGGAGGUGGAGCUUUUGCUGGACUCUACUGUGGAGGGCGGUGAGUUCACAGAGCUCACGGCACUCUAUCAGAUCCGAUAUAGGAAUUGA